CCUGGCCACAGACCACCCUGCGGUCCACGGUACUACUAACUGCUUGUCGUGUCCUCCCACUUUCCUCCUUCUCCAACCCAUCCCUCAUCCUUUAUCAUCCUCCACUCCCCCUUCUCUCGCCAGUUUCUCGCAGUUUCUCUGCUGCUACUGCUUUCUCUUAUGCUGAACAUCGCUCGUCGAACUUUUAAACGCGUGCCCAGCUUCCAGGACCUCCUUCAAGGCAGGAUGACCCACCCCGACAUUACUGUUGACGUUCUCGUCAUUGGUGCUGGCCCGACUGGUUUGGGUGCGGCCAAGCGUCUCAACCAGAUCGAUGGCCCCUCUUGGUUGAUUAUUGACUCCAACGAGAUCCCCGGUGGUCUUGCUUCCACCGACGUGACCCCUGAGGGCUUCCUGUACGACGUUGGUGGCCACGUUAUCUUCUCCCACUACAAGUACUUCGAUGACUGCAUCGAUGAGGCCCUCCCUAAGGAGGACGACUGGUACACCCACGAGCGUAUCUCUUACGUCCGCUGCCAGGAGCAAUGGGUCCCCUACCCGUUCCAGAACAACAUCUCCAUGUUGCCCAAGGCCGAGCAGGUCAAGUGCAUUGACGGCAUGAUCGAUGCUGCCCUGGAGGCUCGCGUUGCCAGCACCAAGCCCAAGAACUUCGACGAGUGGAUCGUCCGUAUGAUGGGUACUGGUAUUGCCGACCUCUUCAUGCGUCCCUACAACUACAAGGUCUGGGCCGUUCCCACCACCAAGAUGCAAUGCGCUUGGCUCGGUGAGCGUGUCGCUGCCCCCAACCUCAAGGCUGUGACCACCAACGUCAUCCUGAACAAGACCGCCGGUAACUGGGGUCCCAACGCUACCUUCCGUUUCCCUGCCCGCGACGGUACCGGUGGUAUCUGGAUUGCCGUUGCCAACACCCUCCCCAAGGAGAAGACUCGCUUCGGUGAAAAGGGCAAGGUCUCCAAGGUCAACGCCAACAACAAGACUGUCACCCUGGCCGACGGCACCACCAUUGGCUACUCCAAGCUUAUCUCCACCAUGGCCGUUGACUUCCUGGCUGAGGCCAUGGACGACAAGGAGCUGAUGCCCCUCACUAAGCAGCUCUUCUACUCCUCUACCCACGUCAUCGGUGUCGGUAUCCGUGGCGAGCGCCCCGAGCGCAUCGGUGACAAGUGCUGGCUGUACUUCCCCGAGGACAACUGUCCCUUCUACCGUGCCACCAUCUUCUCCAACUACUCCCCUUACAACCAGCCCGAUGCCUCCAAGAAGCUGCCUACCAUCCAGCUGGCUGAUGGCUCCAAGCCCAGCAGCGACGAGGCCAAGGAGGGCCCCUACUGGUCCAUCAUGUUGGAGGUUUCCGAGUCUUCCAUGAAGCCCGUCAACAACGAGACUCUCCUGGCCGACUCCAUCCAGGGUCUGGUCAACACCGACAUGCUCAAGCCCGGUGAUGAGAUCGUCUCUACCUACCACCGCCGCUUCGACCACGGUUACCCCACUCCCUCUCUGGAGCGUGAGGGUGCCCUCACCCAGAUCCUGCCCAAGCUCCAGGAGAAGGGUAUCUGGUCUCGUGGUCGCUUCGGCAGCUGGCGCUACGAGGUCGGCAACCAGGACCACUCCUUCAUGCUGGGUGUCGAGGCUGUCGACAACAUUGUCAACGGUGCUGUUGAGCUGACCCUCAACUACCCCGACUUUGUCAACGGCCGCCAGAACACCGAGCGCCGCCUGGUUGAUGGUGCCCAGAUCUUCGCCAAGAAGCAGUAGAUAAUUUGUCGCAUUCUACCUCCAUCUGAAUGUCCCCCUUUUUCUUCCCUUUUUUCUUAUUUUUUUGGUACACUUGCACGAGAUCACACUGUCACGGGAAAAUAUACAUGCAAAGGAAGCAUCUGAAGCGGCAUCUGGGAGAUGAUCUUUGUUGGCGUUUCAUGUGAUUCUUAUCCUAUCUUUUCCUUCAUGCUUCUUCCAGGCUAUCUACCCUUUAUCGUUCCACAUCUAUCUCUCUGCCUCAUCUUCCUCCCCUGUCACCUAGAGCUGGACGUUGCUUGUGGGCCUUCUUUUCUCGAUACACACUUUUUUAGACUUUGCUUGACGCGGUGAUAUUCCUCUAAUCGAAGCCUGUUAAUGAACAUGGAUUCUCCUAUAUAUA